AUGUCAAGUAUAUUAGAGGAAAUAGAGGAAGGUAUCGAUGUUUCUCGUAUUAGUGAGGAACCAACAUCUCAAAGACUGCAGCCAAAUGAUCCGGCUGCUCCUCAGGAGAAUGGAGAAGAGGAUAUUCUUGGUUUAGACAAGCCAAUUAAAUUAAGAACUAGAGCUAAAAUAGCAAGAAUGGAUAAUGCUAGAAUAUUUAGUCCCAAUGGAUUGCCAUAUAUUGUUAAGAAUCAUGGUAAAUUAAUUCGAACUAUUCAAAAAAAUGAUAAGAAAUUCUAUUCAAACCCACGAAACUCAAUAAGUAAAACACAAAAAUUUGAACACGAAUUUGAUAAUUUAAGUUCAGUUUUACAAUUUUAUCAAUUAUGGUGUCAUGGAUUAUUUCCAAAAGCAAAUUUUAAAGAUUGCAUACAUUUAGUUAGAUCAUUAAAUGGGAAAUCAGCCCAGUUGAGAUUAUACAGAAGAGAAUUGAUUAAUGCUGAAUUACAUAAAUUAAAGGUUGCUAAAGGUAUUAUUGUAGAGGAUGCAAAUAACCCAGAAGACCAAGAACAACAACAACAAGCAGAUGCUGAUGAUAAUGAUGACUGGGGUAUCAUGCAUACGCAAGCUAUCACAGCAGAUGAUAAUAAUACUAAUGGACCUACUCAAAAUACAGGAUCUGGUUUAGAAAGUCUUUUUGUUGAUUCUAAUAGUACAGAAGAUCUCACACCAUUAAGUGAACCGUCGUUAUUCGUGGACCUGAAUAGCACAGAAGAUCUCACUCCAAGACAAGAUAUCGAAUCAGCUGCGAAUAAUACAUCUACAACAAUUGAAGCGUCUUCAAAGCCACCAGCAUCUAAUAAUGACAACGAAUCAGAUGAUCCAUUUAGUGAUGAUGAUAUGUCUAUGUUACAAGUUGAGCCAUCAAGUAUUGAUAUGAACAACGUUCAAGAAGAUGAACUUAUGGAAGGAGGCCAAGAGGAUGAUGAUCUUGAACUAGAGUUGAUGAGACAAAAUGAUCCAUAA